AAGAGAGAUGCUUUGCGCUCGGCUCCAGGCCGAUCUAUACGCUCAAACUACACCGCAGCCUGCAGCCAUCUCCUGUGUGCACCUGAGGACCGAAGACAAGAAAAGGCAGCAUGGAUGUAAGUACCUCAUCAAAUUCUCAGAUCUCCACACUGCAUGCUGACGCUCUCUGUGGCAGCUGCCCGUCCUAUGGCUCUGCUCCACAGACUAACAGCCUGUGGCCCAGCCUGCCGCCGUCUGGUACUGGGUUCCCUGCAUGGCCAGGACAGCCCACCCAGCCUGCACCGUGCUGGCCUGGCCAGCCGAACACACCCUGCUGGCCUGGGACACAACCGACUGCGGUGUCUGUCCCUGCACCAGUUUCGGUUCCACCCCCGGUACAGGCCAUAUCACCUGCUCCUGCACUGACCGCUGCCCUAGUCCCAGCUCCGACUCCAGCUUUAGGCCAGCCCUGCCAACCUUGCUGGCCAGGCACCCAGUACCAGCCUCAACAGACACCAGUGCCAAUUCAAGGUCAGAUCCCUGCUCCAGCCCCGGCUCCAACUCCAGUCCCAGUCCCAGCACCUGCUCCUACUCCUACUUCCAGUGUCCAGCGUGUACUGGGCUGGCCUGCGCACCCUGGCUGGUAUAACCCGGGACAGUCAGGAUGGCCUGGACAGAAUCCAUCUGUCACGCCUUUACACUGGCUUCCACCCACAUCUGGACCUCUAAGCGUGCCAUACAACUUGAACCUGACCCGCGGGGUGUAUGACAAGAUGAUGAUGACCAUCUUGGGCAAUGUGAAACCUAAUGCUAAAAUGUUCACAGUGAACUUCCUGAGAGGCUACGACAUUGCCUUUCAUAUCAACCCUCGCUUCAGUGAAGGGGGCAAACAGGUGCUGGUCCGUAACCACAAGCUUGGUGAGCGCUGGGGCCAAGAAGAGAGGGACCUGAAGGUCCCCUUCCCCUUCGCUCUUGGGAGCCCAUUUGAGAUGAAGAUCCUGUGCACUCCCGAGGCAUUCAGGGUGGCGGUGAACAACAUCCCGCUGUUUGAGUUUCGACACCGCGUCAGGGAGAUCAACCAGAUUGACAGAAUCAACAUCCUGCAUGAUGUCGUCCUCACCUACAUCAACGUGGAGACACUCCCAUAGGAAACACACCUGUUACAAGGGCACAUAUAGAAAUUUGCCCACACAUACAUAUGCACACACACAGGCUAUUAAUACACUCUAUUGUGAAAACACUAAAGCUAACCCAUUUUUAUAUCAUUGUGCUUGGAGAUUAAAUAAAUAUGUUUGUAUGUAAUAAAGUAAUAAUAUUCACAUGCUCAUUCUAUAUUGUGCCACAACAAAUUGCACAACUAACUAUUUAUAAAGCUUUUCACUACAAAGACGCUACUGCUAUUUGUUACGUUCAAUCUUUUCUGUAUUAUGAAAUUGUUACUAAUAAAGAGAAUAAAACAUAUCAAUCUGUG